GUCACUUAUGCAGGCAGCAAGGUAUAUGCGUGUGUCUAUGUAUGUGUUUCGCUGUUUGAUGCCGUUACUGGAUGAACCCAGGGGUCAAUCGGUUGAGGAACAGCAUCACGAAUGACCCACUUCCACCCGGCAUUCCAGUCUUCCGCUGCAGCCUCCGUAUCUCUUCCCCAUACUAAAUUGUUCCGCUCUUCUUGAUACUACAUACUUCUCCGGCCGCAAUCCGCAAUCGACACAGUCUGUGACGAGCUUCUGGACCAGCAGCGACCUUGGACAAAGGAUGAUAAUAAGGCUCUCCUAUGUGACAGCAUUGGUGCUGAUCUAUAAUGUACUGCUUAUUGAGGGACAAAAUGAUCCCGCAGGCGCCAGUUUCCUACAAUCUGUCGUGAGAAGGAUACAAACUGAUAGAUUUCAAAGCUUGUCUAGAGUAAUAUCCAAUAGACUCAAUGCACUAGACAAGUCUGAUACAGCAAAUUAUGAGACUGAUCCAGAAGUAAGAAACAUACUACUGCAAAUUCUAUCGACUCCACCUACAGAUAGUGAGCAACAUUCCCAUUACGAGGACCUGGCUGGUUCAGAUGGUGAUAACCAUAUGCAAGAUGACAUUCCACCCGCUCCAUUGUCCAAACAAGAACUUCUAGCGUUGUAUCAAGCUGCCGUCAGUAAAGGCACUAAUCUUACUUCAAUGGGUCAGCAACUCUCAGAAAACGAUUUGACAAGUACACCUGAGCAAGGUACAAUUCCUGGAUACUACUACUAUUUCUACCCGAUUAAAAACUUGAUGGGAAAUGGAAAUGAUGGACAAAACCAACAAAUGGAUGGAAAUAAUAAUUCUGGCAUGAUGACCCAGCAGGAUAUGGCCAUGAUGAUGAUGCAACAAGGUCCUACCAAAAGCAUCCAGCCUCUUUUUUUCGCUAUGGCUAGUUUUGUCAGUGUAGCUAUGAUGUUUGUCCUCUCAAUCCUUUUCAUGCCGAAGUUUGGAAAUCACAGAUCUGACGCUGCUGCCGUCAAGGAAGCUGCUUCCGAGGAAAAUUUGACCGAUUUAUCGAAAAUUGUGUUCGAAGCUAUUGAGGGGAAAGACUGCAGCGAAAGAUUGGCUUGUGAACUCGGACAAGCUGUGAGGGUUAUGCAAGUGGGAAACAAACCUCUCAGAGCAAUGGAAAUACUGCUGCCUCCACAUCUAGCUAAACAGGUCGCUCUCGUCAGAAAAUCAGCAUCAAAACGCGAAUCAUGCAAUUAUAUAGCUUGUCUGGAAUAUGCAAGUGACUACAACAACAAUAAUUACAAACUUAGACAAAACAAUAACAAUGACCUUAGAAAUAAUUCCAAAAAACAUGAUAAAACUGUUAAAAACAAUAAAAACAGCAGUAAUAAUAAUAAAAACAACAACAAUAAUCAGAAUAGUAAAAGAAAGGUCGAAAGUAGAAUGAAUGAGAGCAAAAAUAAUGAUUCAAUUAAUACUGAAGAUAACUCUAAUAUAAAAAAGUCUAAAAAGACAUGAUGAGACAAUUGAUUAAGCUAUGGUCAUUUGGCUGUGGAAUUUCCAUCAAUACCAAAAACCUAAUAAGACAAAGAAGAUGCAUGCUGAAAAAGAAAAACCAUGCUGAUAAUUCCAAAAGACUUCCUAAAAUUAUUACUCUUCAUUUAUUAUUCAAUUUAAAUGAUAAUGUUGAAUAUAGUAAGAUGUAGCCUAUAGUAUGAAGAAACUGGAAACUGCUAGAUUUUUCAAAAAAUUGGUGAAAUGAAUUCAAUAACUUGUGGUUGAAUAGUGUAGGAUCGGACUAAUUUUAUUGAAUCUAUACGUUAAAUAAAUAUUGGCUAUAACAUAUUAGUAGGCCUAUUAUUAUAACAUUUUAAGGGCAUUUUUUACAGGAGCCUAGCCUUAAUAGAUGAAAAAUUUGAUUAGAUCUAAUAGACCACCUAAUAAAUUAUUGAACAUUCAUGUAAAUAGUUAUGAUGUUAUAGGGUAUGACUUUUGUGAUCAUGAAAAACACUUGAGUAAUUACAUAGAUUGGUGGUGGAAAGUCAUGGUCACAAUGAAAAUUCUACUACUAGCUUUCAAUUUGAAAGUUUUGUAUGAACGUUGAUCCGAUGAAUCUAAACUCAAAUUUACUGCUUAAAUUUGCUCAAGUGAUUGAGUAUUAGAAUCAAUGGAAGUAAUAUUUUAAAAGAAUCUUAUCUAAGAGAGUUU